AUGAAUCAUUUUCAAUCGCUAUUGUCCGUUCCAACUCUAACAAUUGAAUCGGCAAUCUGCCCUAUCAAUUUGCCACCACCAACAUUAUCAUCACAACAACAACAGCAACAACAACAACAGCAACAACAACAACAACAACAACAACAGCAACAACAACAACAACAACAGGCGGCACAGCAACAACAUCAGUCGGUCAUAAUGAAUUCAUCAGGAGCAGUUGGCGAGCCUUCAUCCUCUUCGUUUCCAUCCGUUGCUGAUCUCCAUGGUGUCACAGAAUGUUGUGAAUCAAGUUCACCUAACAUACCUUUGAAUGCAAAAAGGUCGAUUGAUGAAGAUCAUCGUGGUGAAAUAAAUGAGUAUGAUGUACAGAAACGGAUCAAAAGACCGAUGAAUGCUUUCAUGGUAUGGUCUCAAAUGCGUCGAGCACAAAUUGCUAGCACAGAUGUAAAAAUGCAUAAUUCACAGAUUAGCAAAGAAUUGGGUGCUGAAUGGAGGGAAAUGAGCGCUGAAGAAAAAGCACCAUAUGUUAAACGGGCUAAAGAAUUACGGGAAGAAUUAAUGCGUCGUCAUCCAAAUUAUGUUUAUCGUCCAAAACGUCGUUCACAUGGUGCGACAAAGAAUUUGUUGACCAAAACAUGUGCAAUGAUACUUCCGACAACAACAACAGCAGCAGCAACAACUGGUCCGUCAAUGCUACCAUCGUCAUUUGAACAAAGAUCGCAUUCGUUAUCAUCAAUUCCAACAGCUCAUGAUAUUAGACGAUUUUUUAUAGCUCGGGUAAUGCAGGAACAGCAAAACAAUAUGUUAUUAGCUGCAUAUCGUAAUCAUUUACUUGCAGCUGCUACAAAUACCACCGCUGCUGCACCUUUAAAAGAUUCUGCUACUUUGGAUUGUGUUGAUCAAGAGAAAUUACAAUCAGCAAUGGGAAAUAUUACAACGGGUAAUAGUACUGCUAGUAGUGGCAUAUCAAUGACAACCGAACAAUUUAAUCCGAUUUCAUCGUUGUCCAUGUUACAGUCACCAUACAAUCCGAUUAGUCCAUUACUUGGUUCACAGUUUAAUCCAUUUUUAUUUAGUUAA